CGCUCGCGGGCGCCGACUGAUGACGCAAAGCGCGCGGGGCGUUUCAGCCUCCGGAGAAGUGGGCUGAGGGAAGGAAUUGGGCUCUGAGCGUGCGACGUUCUUCUAGGUGCUUCUGAGCUAGGUGGGACAGCCAGGUAACAAUUUCAAGAUGCCAGGGCGGUCCAGUACAAACUCUGGUUCCACUCGCUACAUAUCCUUCAGUGGUGUGGAGUCAGCACUCUCCUCCUUAAAAACCUUCCAAUCCUGCAUCAGUACCGGAAUGGACACAGUUUCUAGUGUUGCCUUGGACCUUGUGGAGACACAGACUGAAGUGAGUAGUGAGUACAGUAUGGACAAGGCCAUGGUCGAGUUUGCUAAAAUGGAUCGAGAACUCACCCACUACGUUAAGGCUGUCCAGUCUACAAUAAAUCAUGUAAAAGAAGAACGUCCAGAAAAAGUGCCAGAUCUGAAAUUACUAGUGGAGAAGAAAUUUCUGGCUUUACAGGAUAAGAACUCUGAUGCCGACUUUAAAGACAAUGAAAAGUUUGUACAGUUCAAGCAGCAGCUGAGGGAACUGAAGAAGCAAUAUGGUAUGCAUGCAGACAGAGAGAAUGAUGGGAUAGAAGGAGUUGACGAAGAUAUGAUUGUAACCCAGAGCCAGACCAAUUUCAUCUGCCCCAUCACACAGCUGGAAAUGAAGAAGCCAGUGAAAAAUAAAAUGUGUGGCCACACAUACGAAGAGGAAGCCAUUGUUCGCAUGAUUGAAUCCAAGCACAAGAGGAAGAAGAAGGCCUGUUGCCCCAAAAUUGGCUGUAGCCACACAGACAUGAAAAUGUCGGAUCUCAUUCCGGAUGAAGCCCUGAGAAGGGCAAUCGAGAGCCACAACAAGAAGAAAAGACACCACACUGAGUAGGAACAAGCCACCUGCCCACAGGGAUGUCAGCAGCCUACCUCCACCCCAGCCACCUGAGAGUGAGGUUAGAAAGCAUUCAGGGCUGACUGAACAGCACGUUGUAUUUGGGUAACCCUUGAUGGCAAAUUGUAAUUAAGAGCAUUUUUUAAGUUACACAAUAGAAACACAAGUACAGUAUAUUCUUUAUUUUCAAGUGCUCUGAAAUUUUGAAUAAAACUUUGAUAAUCUU